UCAAACUGCGCCCGCUGUGAAAAGUUGAUGUACGCAGCUUCCAUUCCGGAGCCGCGCGUCAUUUACGGUCCGGUUCUGUUGAUUCUUUCUCUCCAUUUCUUAACAAUCGCGACGUUUCCCUUAAAUGAAAUGUGUCCGUUUCUCGUUCAGGUCUAAUUACGAAGUGUCGUUAAUCGAAAUCGCACCGCCGCUGUAAUUAUGUAAAUUAAUAAAUCCCGUGUAAGUUUGUGAAUAACUCGAAAUUUCCGGAUAAGAUGAAGCUCCAAUACAUCAUUUGGCUAUCUGCCGUUUCUUGUACGUUGGCGAUAUCCGACAACUUUUUAAAAAUGUUUGGGGCACAACAAACGCCCGCCGAUCCGUGUUACGACGAAGACAGGCCGCGUAGAUGCAUCCCGGAUUUUGUGAAUGCCGCCUUCGGUAGAUCUAUUGCCGCUUCUUCUACCUGCGGUCUAAAAGGCACGGUGCAGUAUUGCGACGUGCUCGACGUCGGCGGAGCGCCCCAGUGUAACAUUUGCGACGAUCAAAACCCCCGAAAACGCUUUCCAUCCGUUUUUCUAACGGAUAUUAACAACCCGAAUAACGUUACCUGUUGGAGGUCCGAACCGUUACAGCCACCCACUAGCGUGCACGCACCACCUGACAAUAUAACCCUCAUACUGAGCCUCGGCAAGAAGUACGAGUUGACCUACGUAAGUUUGCAGUUCUGCCCGCACACGCCAAAGCCGGAUUCCAUCGCGAUUUACAAAAGCAUGGAUUACGGCAAAACCUGGCAACCCUUUCAAUUUUAUUCUAGUCAGUGCAGGAGGGUGUACGGUCGACCUAAUCGGGCGACGAUUACUAAGGCUAACGAGCAGGAGGCGCGAUGCACCGAUGCCCACCGUUAUACCGGUGGAGAAGGUCUCGGCCUUGGUCACCAAUCUAGAAUCGCUUUUAGUACUCUCGAGGGGCGUCCCAGUGCGCUCGAUUUCGAUAAUUCCCCCGUUCUGCAAGAUUGGGUAACCGCGACCGAUAUAAAGGUGGUGUUUAAUCGGCUGCAUAUGCCCGUCGAGGAUCCCUCCGACGAUUUGGAUAUUUUAAUUGACGAGCACGAGUUCAAGCAGCAGCAGGAGGACGACGACGAGGACGAUCCCACGAAGGGUCCGUCCGUGCAGUUAGUGAACGAAAUGCAGGUCGUCGAGGCCGACGAUACGAAAGUUUCGGUUUCGGUGGAUAUGGGCGGUAAUGGGAUUAUGAACGUUUAUAACAGGGUGACCCAUCAAUACGCGGUGAGCGACUUCGCCGUCGGUGGUCGAUGCAAGUGUAACGGUCAUGCGAGUAAAUGUAUCACCGGUCGCGAUGGACAAUUAACAUGCGAAUGUAAACAUAACACGGCAGGACGGGAUUGUGAACGCUGUAAACCGUUUCAUUUUGAUAGGCCAUGGAGCAGAGCCACCGCUCGAGACGCCAACGAGUGUAAAG